AUGCAGACGCUUUCAGGACUGUACCACUCUCUUUCCGGGCGUAUCCUCACGGUCAAUGAUCACAACCGACUCGCUCUUCUGCCAAGGAAAGCCCAGCAAAAUGAAACGGACAAGCUGCGAGUGGAUGGGGAUUUCUGGCUGUGCCGAAACGACGGUCUAGUUGGGAAAUUCGGAACUCCGGAAAAGGUGACCCUGCAUUGUGACGGUCAAGAGUACAAUAUUUGGGUGGAAACGCGCGGCUUUCGCGAUGGGUCGACUGAGUAUGGUCUGAGUCCUAUCCCACCGGGUGGUGAGUACAGCAACCGGUUCUUGGCUGUCAACGAGGAAUUAGACCGGUUGGAGAUAGUCGGGCAGUGGGAUGACCAGGCAAAGUUCCGUUAUGUAUCGUAA